AUGAGCACACUUGUGACGAGAAACGAAGUGCGCAAGAUGAUGGCUGCCCAACAGCCGUCCGGAGGAUCCAGCCCGGGGAAAGGAUGGUCGACAGACCGGCCUACCCGAACCUCGCGGCGGAUCUCCGGGCGGGGCGUUCCCGAGCCGGUCAUCAGCUCCGACAGCGACUUCGAGUUGGUGGAAGACCCGCGGGUGGUGCAGCGGCGAUGGCGGCUUAGCAGAGCCGUCAACCGGGCCGACGGCCGCAUCCCGACAGGCGCGGCGGAGGUCGAAUGGGCCAGUGAGGAGCCGCCCCAGGACCAGCAGGCUCCCGGUAGCCAUGCCGAGUCUGUGGCAGCGGCUACGUCGGAGUAUCGCGGGAAGUGCGAAGCGCGACGGCGGAGCGAGGAGCGGCGGUUGAAGGAGAUGAAGGAGUCGCCGGAGUGGCAGGCCCAACUGCGGACGGCCGAGGAGGAGGAGAGUGGCAGAGGACUGGGCGCCCUCACCUCCGCGGUGGCUGCCCGAAAUUCCACCCACACCGCGGUACGAGGAACCACCGCAGUGGACGCCAGCAAGAAAACCCACGCCAAGCAACCGGAACAUCUCGAGCAGCAACCACCGCAGCACCAGCCCGAACGACAACAUCGCGAACAACAACCCGAUCCGCCGCAGCAACAACCAAGGGACCCGAUGGGACAACCACAGUACCCGGACGUUCGUGGCCGAACCCGCGGAGGAGACGGCGGCGACGGAGGAGCCUCGAAUCUGGGAGGAGAGUGGUCCCCGGGUGAGCCCGCUGGACCCUAG